GACAACAAGGUCGGGAUCACGGCGUGCCUUGUCUACUUCGUACUGAGCCAAACACUUGGUGCCGUUGGAAUAUACAGCGCAGCGGUUGGCAUUUCGACAAUGUUUCCUCUGUCACUUCUCUACUCAAACAUCAUCAUUGGGUUAGCUGGAACUGUGUACACGGCAUUGGGCGGACUUCGUGGCGUGGUUUGGGCGGACUGUGUUCAAACACUAGUGAUGUUUUUAUCGCCAGUCACUAUCAUAGCAAAGGUAGUUUAUGACUCUCUUCACGUAACUCCAACGCUGAGGCCCAUAACGGACAUGAACGUCACAGAGUACAUGUUCAGAAUGAAUUUUGACAUCACAAGUGAUGACAACUUCUGGAGCUGCCUCAUCGGGGGCCUGCCGUACAUAAUGGUGCGCAUGGGGUUUGACCAGAUGGUCGUGCAGCGAUACAUGGCGGCGAGGAACUUACGUUCCGCGAAAACAAUAGCCAUUACUGGAGCAGCCUUCGUCUUGUUCUUUUUCCUGUUGAUAGCAAUCGCGGCUGUGUACCUGAUACAGUGGUAUAGGGACUGUGACCCCUAUGUCAUUGGGGAAAUCAGCAGCUACGAUCAGAUUGUACCGUACUACAUAAAACAAAGCCUUUCCAGCGUUGCAACGCUACGUGGCCUUUUCUUGGCAGGGCUCCUAGGUGCCACCACAAGCACUGUGUCCUCCAUAGUGAACGCGCAUGCAGCGACAUUUUACAUCGACGUAUUUGGGUUGUACUUCAAGUUCAGCGAACGCGCUGCAGUGAACGUCAUGCGAUUAUUAGCGUUCGCAAGUGGAACCAUAAUGACCAUGUUUGCCGUCAUAGUUCCAAUGAUGGGUACGGCCACGAGGUUGUUCCUGUCUCUUUAUGCAUCGGCCUCGGGUCCAUUCGCUGGGCUCAUACUGCUCGCUAUAUCUUCACCGUGGGUCGAUGCAAAAAGCGCUUCUUGGUCAAGCUUGGUAGUCUGUUUGCUCCAGUUGUGGCAUGCAGUUGGGAAGAGCUUUUUCACCGAGGCGCCAGAACCCGCGUUUGUGGGUACACUUGAUCGUUGUCCUGCUACUCUGAAUAGUACCAACGACAAUGAAACUUAUGGAGGCAUUACACAUUCUUUGUUCACAAGCAGGUCCGAGGUCUUUCCCCUGUAUCAGCUCUCGUUCUUUUGGAGCUCAUUCAUUGGUGCCUUACUGACAAUGAUACUCGGAACCCUACUGAGCAUUUUUACAGGUGAGUAG